AUGGUGAACUCUAGGCGGCGAGAGAAGGAGACUCUCGUCUGUACAGUUUCUUCCCGCGAAGAAAUGGAGGGAGAAGGUUCCUGGGAUCAAUCCGCGGCGGAGAGGAUUGAUGCACUUCGUGGACAGCCUCACGACGAGGAAGGCUAUUCGCCAGCCUCUUGUCCCCAUCUGCAUCUGUCGCCGCAGACAGUGUGCGGAGGGGAAACACGCUCAACUUCCCCCUUUUCGUCAGAAGGGAGAUUCUCGAGCCUUUGCGGGGCCACCAUAGAGGGCGGAGAUGAGCAGGAGGCUGGAGCUCGAAAACGGCAGAAGACAGAUGCAGGUGGCGCGUGUAUACUCAGGAAACGGAAAGGCUUCUCCGAAGUUCCACAGGAAGUGCUGGAACUCAUUUUCUCUUGCGUUGGCGUGGCCGACCUCGCCAGAUGCCUUUGUGUAGCCAAGUCCUGGCACCCGGCGCUCAAUGCAACCCUCUCCAAAACAGUCCGUUCCCUGGGCACUUCGCGCAGACUGCUGCCUACUGAUGCGCAACUUGAGGCCCUUCUCAAACGAUGCCCGAGCGUGGAGAUCGCGGAGCUAGAUUGCUUUCUGCUCACGCCAAAGGGUGCGAAGCUACUGCGCUCCCUGCCGAGCCUCAAGACGCUCGCCCUCACCUCUCUGGAUCAUCAGACCGAUGAGUUCUUCUACGCGCUGGCUGAAGUCCUCACCGAGCUCGAGAGCUUCUCCAUCGCGCUCUUCGAGAGGAGCAAAAGCAUCACGAAUGAAGCGCUGGAGCAUCUCGCGAGCAAGCUGUGCAAACUCCGGUCGUUUUCGGUGGAAUUUUCGUUCCGGGAAAACCUGGAUUUUUUCGUCCUCGCGCUUACGAAAGCCUCGAGGCAGACGCUGCGCCACGUCGCCCUUCACGACGUGAGCCAGGAGUGUCUCAUCGAGCUCACUGGUGCCGUUGGAAAGAAUCUGCUUUCUUUUUCGUACACCAAGACAUCGUCCACGUCGCUGCCGAUCUCCGACUGGCUCCUGCAGUACGUGCCGCCGCGCAUGCCUGCGCUCACCUCGCUGCGUCUGGUUGACGCUGUCACGCCGGGAGUCCUCGCGCAGGCCGCGUCGCCGCUUUCCUCCUUCCUCGUCGCGGGCAGGAGGCGCAGGCGACGGCGCGACACCGAAAACAGCCGAGCACGAGAGCGCGAGAGACUCGUGCGCCUCGAAGCGCGCGCGCGGGAACGCCAGAGAGAGCAAGAGAGAGAAGCGAGACAGGAAGACAGAGACGAAGAGCAAGAAGAGGCGCAAGAGGACGAGCGCGAAGAAGGAAGAGGGCGGCGAGAGGUAGCGAGGAGGCGGGAUGAGGCGACCUGGCCCGAAGGAGACAGGCGAGCGGAGCGGUCGCCGCAGGGCGCCUCGGCAGACAGGGCUCGAGAGGCGGAGCGGAGCGGUGCUGCAGAGGCUCGCCGCGAGGAAGGACACGACAGAGCCGAUGGAGGAGCGCGAAGGAGACUAGAGGAAGGCCGAGCACCACAGAGGGCAGUAGACGAUGCCGUCGCAGAGGGCGACGGCGAAACACGUGGGGUCCGCAGCGAGGCGCCGCGAAACGUCGCCGCGGCGGAGGAGGAAGCCGCGGCCUUUGCGCGGCGCAGACAAGGUGAAGACGAACAAGAAGAGCUUCGUGCGCGAGGCGUCUACCCCGUGACCCGCGGCACACACCGUCUUCGCCUGGAUCGGGUACCGCCGCUGGUGUCGCCUGCGGCCUUGGGAUUCCUGCGGCCUCUGUCAGGUUUUCGCGGACUUCUCGCCUCGCCUGCGCGAGCUCGAGCUGAACGGAUUCACGAAGAUGUCAGACGGGUUCGUCCACGAAGUUUUGGUGGCCUGCGGCGGGUGCCUCGGGUCCCUCUCCCCGUGCGCUUCGCGCUCGGCGUCUUCCCCCUAGGCCUCUCAUCGUUGUGCGCGUCUCCCUCGUCUUUUGCGUCGCCUUCGCUCUGUUUCUCUCCUUCGACUUUUUCUCCGUGCACUGGGCGAUCCACGCUGAAGCUGCGCAAACUCUGCCUCGAGGCCGCGGACAUCAGCGACCUCGGCCUGCAAGCGAUCGCGGCGGCCCUGGGGCGCGAGGCUGAGACGCUCAGCCUCAAGCGCUGCGCGAGUCUCUCCGAGGCGGGUCACGGCGCCAUCGCCGACCACUGCCCAAAUUUAACGUCGCUGAAUCUCGGAUUCUGCUCAGGGGUCAACGACCUCAGCGUCUGCUCGCUCCUGUCCUGCUGCCCGAUGCUGCGCACGCUGGUGCUGAACGACGCGCGCAUUUCCGACGUCGCGUUGGAGGCGAUUGGAAAGUGCCUCGGGGAGAAUCUGUUUGAACUCGCUUUGCAUCGCAGCGACCGCAUCACGAAUGAAGGCCUGAAGGCCCUCGCGAAGUUCUGCCCCAACCUCGCGCUCCUGUCGCUCUCCGCCUGCCCACAAAUCACCGACGCGGGCGUCAUUCACAUUGCGCUGUCGUGCCGAAAGCUCCUCAAGCUCCGCCUGGACGGAACCCGCGUGACCGACUUGGCGAUUCGCGCGGUUGCACAGAACCUCCACCGGCUGCGGUAUCUUCAUCUGCAGCGGUGCGGCUCGGUCUCCGGCGACAGUCUCCGCUGCUUCUCGGCGGAAACGCAUCCUUGUCUAAAAUGCAUCGAGCUCUCUGACCCCCACCGCAAAAUAUCAAAAGAAGAAAUUUGCGCGUUCAGAGGGCGGAAUCGACCGGCGACGGCGCUGCUGCUGGGCGACGCUGCCGGCGACGAGUGA